GAUUACCAACAGUCACUUCAGUGAUGCAAACCUUAUGACGACAGUCCUUAAUCUCUUUAUUGCCGGCACUGAAACAACAGCAACCACACUGAGAUGGGGACUUCUGCUAAUGGCCAAGUAUCCAAAAAUACAAGACCAGGUCCAAGAGGAGGUGAACAGGGUGAUAGGGAGUCGUCAGGUGCAGGUCGAGGACAGGAAAAACCUGCCCUUCACUGACGCUGUCAUCCAUGAGACACAGAGACUGGCCAACAUCGUCCCCAUGGCGCUUCCUCACAAAAUGAGCCAAGACGUCAUUUUCCAGGGUCACUUCAUUGAAAAGGUCGGACUGAAGCAAACUAAUAAUAUGAAUGAUCCACCUUGACUGAAAACAACAAAUUAAAGAGACGAGAAUAGAGAAAUCAAUCAAUAGAUUUACAUCUUAAUGAAUACCUGUUCAUUAAUGAGUGAACGGGUGUU